UGAAAUUUUUUCAAUUUUUCUUUAAUAUGAAAAUCCCAUAAUUGUAAAAUUUUCUGGUAAUUUCCGUUAGUGGUGCAUCGAUGUACAGUCGUUUCCGGGACGGUCAUUGCAGUUCGUGCGCUUGGUCGGUUGGUCGUUGUUUCUUCGUCAGGUGAUCGUAAUAAUUUCUAACCUAGUGCAUCAAGUGCAAGGUUACAAGUUUUAUACUUUUGAGUUUAUAAAAUAUAUUAAAUAUUCUCAAAAUGCCGAAAAGAUCUGCUAAAGCUACUUGGGAUAAUCGUGGUGGUCGAGUGAAUAAUACUGAGGAUAAACAUUACUUUGGACACGAUGAUAGACACGUGAGACGGGAAGGGAGAUAUACUUCUCGACCUCGUGUAUCGUUCAAACAACAACCAAGGCCCUCUAGAAAUAUGAGAAUAGCGAGAGAAAUACUUUUAGAGGCUUUUAAAGACGACGAUUCUCCGAUGGGAGGUAAUUCUAAUAACAAUAACAACAAUAACAGACAAGUUGUUGUUAGAGGUAGAGGCCGAGGCUUAUCGAGGGGAAGAAACAGCCCUUUGCCACCCAGAGGUUUCCGAGGUGGCAUACUACCUAGACCACCACUCUCCCUCGGAGAAGCUAAUUGGUAUAAAAUCAUUGUGCCAUAUGGACAGCAGUAUACAAAAGAUUACAUAAUAAACAAUCUUUUGAGUUAUAUUGCUCCCGAGACCUUCGUUCCCAUAAUGUAUAAGACUAUGGGAUCCGAAGCAGUUUUUUAUGUUGACGAUCAUAAAACAGCAAAUGCACUUCUUGCCUGUGAUCGAAAAAUAACAACCACAGAUGGUUUUAAACUUCAAGUUAGAGUUAAACCAGGUUUUCCUCAUUGUGAAAUUAAUGAUAAAUUAAAAGAACAAAUGAAGCAAGCUAUGGUAAAACGAUAUGUUCAAGAAAAUAAUGCGUUAGACUUGUCAAAAUUUCAUCAAGAUCCAGAUCUUGUUGCUGAUUAUUUUUGUGCAUUAUUUCGACCAGUUAUGUUAAUGACUGUAUUGGACAUUGUCGCAGAAUAUAUCCCUAACUUGGAGGCUUUAAAUUUAGAUGGAAACAAAUUGAACUUAAUUGAAAGACUCAACGUCCUUCAUAAAAAGUUUCCUAAAUUGAAAAUAUUGUACAUAGGCGACAAUAAAAUAAGAGAAAUGCAUCAUUUGGAUGUUGUCAAGGAUCUCAAGCUAGAAGAAUUAAGAUUAGCUGGUAAUCCAGUAUGCAACAAGUAUAAGUCCCGACAGAGUGAAUAUGUUAGCGAUGUGCGGAAGAGGUUCCCUAAGCUCCUGAGACUAGAUGGAAUAGAACUUCCACGUCCAAUCUUAUUUGAUGUUAUGGACGAUGCAUCAAAAAUACCUCCUACCCAACGCAUAUUCACUUCAAAUGCUAAAGCUCAAGAAAUAGCCAGUCAAUUUCUGCAACAAUAUUUUCUGGUUUACGAUAGUGGCAAUCGUCAACCAUUAUUGGAUGCUUAUAAUGAACACGCAUCCUUCAGUUUGACUGUAAAUACUAAUGCUUAUAAUGCCAACAAAUUAAACUCUUAUAUUGGAGAAAACAGAAAUUUAUUUAGAAUAAAUGAUGCUAAUAGAAGACAAAAACUACUAAAACAAGGAAAAUUGCCUGUAGUAUCAUUUAUCUCUGAAAUGCCACAAACUAAACACUUUUUAAACACAUUCACGAUGGACAUUAGUCUAGUUACUGAAAGAAUGAUGUUUGUCACAGUAACUGGACUGUUCAAAGAGCUAACUAAAGAAGAACAUGUCCGGUACUUUAAUAGAACUUUUAUUAUAGUACCACAAGGAACUGGAUACUGUAUUUGUAAUGAACAGUUACAUAUCAGUAACACAACUGAAACGCAAAGAAAGCUCAUAUUUAACAAUACCGAUAAAGAAUCAAUAUCAGAAGAACCAAUGGCUGAAGAGCCAAUGUCUGAAGAACCAUCGAUAUCAAAAACAUCAAACUCUGCUGCUGCAGGAACAGUUCCGGAAUUGUCGGAAACUGUAAAACAACAAAUGAUUGUAACAUUGAGUCAACAAACAAAUAUGAAUCUGGAAUGGAGUUUAAAAUGCUUGCAAGAAGUUCAAUGGAAUUAUGAAAAUGCUUUAUCUGCUUUUCAAGAAUUCUUCAAACGUGGCCAAAUACCAUCAGAAGCAUUUAGUAAGUAAAUUUUAAUAUUACUAGAAAGUUUAAAAGAUAUUCCAGAUUUGUUUUGUUUAGUGUAAAUCAUCUUACUUAAUUUUCAAUAAGGUGCUCAAGUUUUGGAUAUUCAUAACAUUUUUGAAAAAUAUUGUAAUUCAUAAAACAAACAGAUUAACAAAUGUUUUAAAUUUAUUAUUCUUAAAUGGAAUGUUUAUCCAAGACAUUUGUAAUUAAAUAUUAUGGUAAAUUAGAAAAUAAUAUCUAAAGUCAGUUUUCAGUUCAUAUUCUAUACCAUAAACGUGCAAAUUUAUCAUAGGAGACCAAAAAUUUUCCUACCACUGUUAUUUUAUUAUUUUCACUUAAGUAUAUAUAUUCUUCCUUUUUUGAUACAAUUUUAUGAAUUGUUUAUUUAUUAAUAAAAUAUGAAGCACGAUGAUAAAUACUUACUGCUCUACCUUGCAAUUACAAAAGGCAUUAUCUCUAAGAAAAAUGGGUUUUAGGAAAGUAUCAUUUAAAAUUUUUACAUAAAAUUGUACAUAUUGGCUUUUUUAAUUACACGGUAGUACUAAUGAGAGUAAAAAGUUACCAAGGAAAAAAUAAAAUUAACAGUGAGAAUAAAGAUUAAUUUGCUCUAUGAAAUAAAUUUGCACGUCUAUGAUCUCUAGGAUAACAAAUAUUUUUAUGAAAAAAGAAAAAUGAAAAAAAAUAACAAAAACUAAAAAAAACAAAAAAUCAUUCAAUCAUUUUUCAACGUAACUAUACGAUAUUUUCACAAAAAUUUGACUUUAUAAAUCACACAUGACUUACAUCCUUGUUCAUUCGUGAUUUAUGAUAUUUUAUCACAUUGAUAAAAAAUAUUCAACAAACUAUUGAAUCAUUAUGCGCAAUCAAUUUUGAUUGCAUAGUUAUCCAUAACUUAAGCUUUUUUUUUUUUUUAUUACCUUCAUAAAAUAAGAAAGGAAAGAACUUAGCUUCUUUAUUCUUGUAUAUAAAUCUAAUAAUAUGUUACAAAUAAUGCAUGUCAUCUAC